UUUAAGAAAGUGAGGGGGGACAUUCUCAAGUUCUCCUGUUUUUCCUUUGCCUCCUUAUAUGGUCAAACCAUGACGGUGGAAUCAGUGGGCAAGAGUGGAGUAGGUCAGAACUCAGAAAGAAAGAGAGCGGGAAGAAUGAGAGCGAGAGGAAAGUGGUGAGAAGUGUAGAGGAGAGAGGUAUGCAGCGUCGUGUGCUUGGGACACUGGGGACUUCCAGAGGCAGCCGGCCACACACGCGUUAGUGAGGUGGGAUUCCCGGUGCAAAGAUGACAGAGCGCUAUGACUGCCACUACUGUAAGGAAUCCCUGUUCGGGAAGAAAUACGUCCUGAGAGAGGAGAACCCAUACUGUGUCAAAUGCUACGAGAGCCUGUACUCAAACACCUGUGAGGACUGCAAGAAACCCAUCGGCUGCAACACCAGGGACCUUUCCUAUAAGGACCGCCACUGGCACGAGGAGUGUUUCCAGUGCUUCCAGUGUAAACGCUCUCUGGUGGACAAGCCCUUCUCCACCAAGGAUGACCAGCUGCUCUGCACUGAGUGCUACUCCAAUGAGUACUCCUCCAAGUGCCACGAGUGCAAGAAGACCAUCAUGCCUGGCUCCAGGAAGAUGGAGCAUAAGGGUAACAGCUGGCAUGAGACCUGCUUCACCUGCCAGCGUUGCCAGCAGCCCAUCGGCACCAAGAGCUUCAUCCCCAAGGAGAACCACAACUUCUGUGUGCCCUGCUAUGAGAAACAGUUUGCCAUGCAGUGUGUGCACUGCAAGAAACCCAUCACUACUGGCGGGGUGACCUAUCGUGACCAGCCCUGGCAUAAGGACUGCUUCCUGUGCACCGGCUGCAAGCAGCAGCUGUCUGGCCAGCGCUUCACCUCCCGUGACGACUUUGCCUACUGCCUCAACUGUUUCUGCAACCUGUAUGCCAAGAAGUGUGCUUCCUGCACCACCCCCAUCAGCGGUCUGGGUGGCAGUAAGUACAUCUCGUUUGAAGAGCGCCAGUGGCACAACGACUGCUUCAACUGUAAGAAGUGCUCCGUCUCCCUGGUGGGCCGGGGUUUCCUCACCGAGCGUGACGACAUCCUGUGCCCCGAGUGUGGCAAAGACAUCUGAUUGGCAGGCAGCGAGUGGCCGACACGUCUGAUUGGAUAGUAACAAAACAACCAGGAAGUAACAAUGACCUAUCAGAGCACAACUGAGCAUCACUGUGUAUAUAUAUAUAUAUAUAUAUAUAUACACACACAGCUGAAGUCAGAAGUUUACAUACAUCUUAGUCUAAUACAUUUAAACUAAGU